AUGGAAACACACAAUGGAACCGUGCUGAGCGAGUUCAUUCUCAUGGGCAUCACAGACCGCCCUGAGCUGCAGGCUCUGUUAUUUGGGCUCUUCCUCAUCAUCUACAUGAUCUCAGUGGUGGGCAACUUGGGCAUGGUCAUCCUCACCAAGGUGGACUCCAGGCUGCAGACACCCAUGUACUUCUUCCUCAGACACCUGGCUCUUACUGAUUUGGGUUAUUCAACAACAGUGGGCCCCAAAAUGUUGGUAAAUUUUGUUGUGGAUCAAAAUACAAUCUCCUAUUACUUUUGUGCAACACAGCUGGCUUUCUUCAUCACGUUCAUUAUCAGUGAACUUUUUAUUUUGUCAGCAAUGUCCUAUGACCGCUAUGUGGCCAUCUGCAACCCUCUGCUCUACACAGUCAUCAUGUCCCAAAGGGUGUGCCGAGUGCUGGUGGCAGUCCCCUACCUCUAUAGCACAUUUGUGUCUCUUCUAGUGACUGUAAAGAUAUUUAAUUCAUCCUUCUGUGGCUACAGUGUCAUCAGUCAUUUCUACUGUGACAGUCUCCCCUUGAUAUCUUUGCUUUGCUCGAACACACAUGAAAUUGAAUUAAUCAUUCUUAUCUUAUCAGGAUUGAAUUUGAUUUUGUCCCUUUUGAUAGUUGUUGUGUCUUACUUGCUCAUCCUUGUAGCCAUUCUCAGGAUGAACUCUGCUGAAGGUAGGAGGAAGGCUUUCUCUACCUGUGGAUCCCACCUGACAGUGGUCACCGUGUUCUACGGGACUUUGAUAUUUAUGUAUGUGAAGCCCAAGUCCAGCCAUUCCUUUGACACUGAUAAAGUGGCAUCUAUAUUUUAUACCCUUGUCAUCCCCAUGUUAAAUCCCUUGAUCUAUAGCUUGAGGAACAAAGAUGUAAAAUAUGCCCUACACAGAAUGCAGAAAAAUCUCUGCCAUAUCUUUUCUUAA